AUGGACUCCAUUCCGGAGUUCGACGAAGAGAUUGAGAUGAUCGGGAGCGAGGAGGAGCGACGGGUGGCCGUGGCGAUGGGCGGCGGGGGGGGAGGUGCUGCGGGGAUGGGCGGCGGGGGGAAAGGUCCUGGGGGGCUGGGAGGGGGAGCUGGCGCUGUGGGGAUGGGGGCCGGAGGGGGCGCUGUGGGGAUGGGCGCGGAUGGGCUGGGGAAGGGGAAGGGGAAGAUGAGUCCGAGUGAUGAGGAGGCGGCAUAUAGGGCAACCAAGGAGGAGAGCGCUCCUUCAGGGGGUACGUCUCUGGUUACCCCUGGGGCUCCCCCGGGGGUGGCACCUCAGGGGAAUGAUCGACUGCAGCAGCAGCAGCAGCAGCAGCUGCAGAGGACGGUGUGGGAGCUUCGCUCAGGCGUUGCUCCUGCUGCUGCGGCUGCUGCUGCUGCUACUGCUGCCGCUGCUGCUGCGACGGCCACUGCUCCUGCGAAUGGUACUGCUCGUGGUGGUGGGAGCUCCAGGAAUCAUCGCACCAAGUCUGAUUCAGCUGCUCGUGGCAAUGCCACCACUCGUGGUGGUUCUGCUGCUGCUGCUGCUGCUGCUGCUGCUGCUGCCAGCCCCCACCUCACUGCUGCAACCGCUCCCAACGCUGCUAUCUCUCCUGCUGCUCCUCCAUCCGCCCCAGCAUCGUCUCUCCCUUCCCCCCCUCUUCCCUCCUCACCUCCUCUCGCCCCCAACGUCUCCCCCGCCUCCCCCACUCUCUGGUACACCCCGCUCUCUCCCAUUCUCCCCGGUCCCCCCAAUGGAACCCCCCAGCACCGCUCUAAACCCCGCAGCACCCCGUCCUCCUCCCCUUCCGACUCCACCUUCAGCACCCUCACCACGGGUAGCAAACCCAACUCCUCCCCUGUUCCCUCUUCGUCCCCCGCCUCCUCCUCCGCCUCCCCUCCGCCUGCUUCUAUAGCCUCUUCCGCCCCUGGGGGCGGCCUCUGCCCGGGGAUAGACGGCGGGAUAUGCAACUUCCGCAUGUCGUCCCGCACGCAUUUCCUCCUCAUGCGUUUCAUCUCGCUUUUCACCGUGCUUUCCGGCCUCGGAUACCUCUCCUGGAAAUGCUACAUGGUGGGGCGGAACAUAACCCAAGCUGGACCGGCCUGCCUGCUCUUUCUCUCCACCGAAAUCCUCGUCUUCCUCUCUUCCUUCAUGCUAGUCGUUGAGUUGUCCAAGCCGGCGAAAGAGAGGAAGGCGCUGAGUCUACCCCCCUCGGGGCCGUUUCCCCGGGUUGCGAUUCUCAUCUGCUGUUGUAGUGAGAAGAUAGAUGUGAUUCAGGACACGGUUAAAGGUGCUAUGAAUCAGAAUUACCCCGGGGAGAGGUACUCAGUGUGGGUGCUGGACGACGGGGGGGAUGACGAGCUUAAAGCCUGGGUAGAAGCAGAGGCUAUGGAGGGGUGGAGCGGAGGAGGUGGGGGAAGCGGCGGAGCAGGAGCAGCAGGAGCAGAAGGAGGGGAAGUAGGAGGAGUGGAGGUGGGGCAGGAUCAGAGCGAGCAGAGCCAGCUGCAGCGGCAGCAGCAGCUGAUGGUGCUGCAGCAGCAGCAGGGUCGGCGGCUGUUCUACCUCCGUCGCCCCAAGAAGAAAGAUGUGCCUCACCACUUCAAAGCAGGGAACAUCAACUACGGUCUUCACUUCGCCUGCGGGGAGUUUGUCGCAGUGUUGGAUGCGGAUAUGAUUCCGUCGCCCUUCUUCUUGUCGGCGCUGCUGCCGCAUAUUGUCGGGGAGGAGAAGGGCGACGUGGCAUUCGUGCAGUGCCCACAGUCGUUUUACAAUAUUGUCAAGGGGGACCCUCUGAACGACUCGUCACAAGACUUCUACGAUGUUCUGCUGCCCUACAGGUUGCCCCCUCCCCAGUCGUUUUACACCAUCGUCAAGGGGGAUCCGCUGAAUGAUCGUUCGCAAGACUUUUACGACGUUCUUCUGCCCUACAGUGCCCAGUGCGUGGGUACAGGAGUCAUUUUCCGCGCUGCCCACCUGCGAGCAAUCGGCGGGUUCACAGUGGGGUCGAUUACAGAGGAUUUCGAUACCGCUAUGACGCUGCAUGCCAGGGGUUACAAGACGGCCUAUGUCAACCAGCGUCUGCAAGCAGGACUCGCCCCCUGGAGUCUGGAGGGGUACAUCAAGCAGCACCAGCGGUGGGCCACAGGCAGCCUGCAGAUUCUGUUACACCGUAACCCGCUUCUGCUCCGCGCACCCAAGUUCAGCUUCUACCGCCGCAUCUCCUACUGGUAUGCUGGUAAGUACCUCAGGCCCUUCACCCCUAUGCUUGCUGGGCCGCUUGUGAGUCUCACGUCCCUGCAUCCCCACGUAGACUUGAGAGUUUAUAUAAGUUAUGAUACUACUUCUGAGGCGCGUCAAAAGUAG